AUGGCUGCCAAGAAGGUCCUCGUUGUCCUCACCUCCCACGACAAGAUUGACGCCAUCAACAGGCAAACCGGCUGGUACCUGCCUGAAUUCGCCCACCCCCACCACGUCCUCACCGGGAAGAACGUCCAACUCACCGUCGUCUCCCCCAAGGGCGGCGCCGCCCCUCUCGACCAGGGCUCCGUCGAGCUCUCCAAGGAAGACCCCGUCUCCAUGGCCUUCCUCGAGAACCAAAAGGCUCUGUGGGAGAACACCGCCACCAUCAAGGAAUUCCGCGGCCGCUCAGCCGAGUUCGACGCCAUCUUCUUCCCUGGCGGCCACGGCCCCAUGUACGACCUCGUCAACGACGCUGAUUCUAUCGCCCUGGUUGAGGAGUUUUACCGCGCCGGCAAGGUUGUUUCCGCGGUGUGCCACGGCACCAUUGCUCUGGUCAACGCCAAGGUCGAUGGCGAGCACAUCAUCAAGGGCCGGGAGAUUACCGGCUUCACCAACGAGGAGGAGGACUAUGUUAAGCUGACCAGCGCCAUGCCUCUACUUGUUGAGGACGAGGUCAUUGCUGCUGGUGGAAAGUUUGUCAAGGCGGGUGUCUUUGGCGACAAGGUUGCCGUUGACGGUCAGUUUGUGACUGGCCAAAACCCGGUUUCGGCCAAUUCUUUUGCCAACGCGCUCGUUGCUGCUAUUGGCGCCUAA